AUGUCUGACUCUAGGGUUAUACCCGUGCCAUCUUCCUCGCCUCCUUCGCAAUCGCUCGUGAAUGCCUUGUCGCGUGCGCUGUCUCGUCGGGAAGCCAAAUCCGCCCGCCGGAGGUUGACCGUCUUACCUCAGGAAACCGUUGAUUUCUCUUCAAAUGACUUUCUUUCGCUGGGGACAUCCCCGGCCUAUCGAGGUCGUUUUAUGACUCACCUCAAAAAUGCACCGGAUUCAUUCCCCUUUGCGAAGGAACUGGAACGAUUCGUGGCGGAUUUUCACCAAGCUCCCACUGCUCUAUUAUUCAAUUCUGGGUUCGAUGCUAAUGUCGGCGUUCUGUCGAGCGUUCCGCAACCCGGUGAUGUGAUUUUGUAUGAUGAGCUGAUUCACGCCAGUGCGCAUGAGGGAAUGAGGUUAUCUCGCGCCGGAAAGCGAAUCAUGUUCCCCCAUAGCUCGGCGGCCGGCCUGCGUGAUGCCCUUCAGACACAGAUCAAUGAGGAUCCGUCUGUUCGAAAUGGCACUAAGAAUGUGUUCAUUGUGGUUGAGUCAAUUUACAGCAUGGAUGGUGAUGUGGCCCCAAUAAGGGAUUUCAUUCAAGUGGUGGACGAUCUGCUACCUCACCAAAAUGGGUACUUCAUGGUCGACGAGGCCCAUUCAACCGGCGUGUUUGGGCCUCGGGGUGCUGGGGUUGUCCAGGAGCUGGGUGUCCAGGAUCGCAUGUUCAUCCGGGUGCACACAUUCGGGAAGGCAUUGGCUAGUCAUGGUGCGGUGGUUCUCUGUGGCCAAGAGACGAAAGACUAUCUGAUCAACUACGCGCGGAGUCUGAUCUACACCACUGCGCUUGGCUUUCCCUUCCUUGCAUCUAUCCGCACAGCAUAUGAGCUGUUAGCAAAUGGCGAAACGGAAUCUUUACAAGUACGGGUCCAGGAGUUGAUCCGACACCUCCACACCCGCCUACACAGCCUACGGGCAGACCAGUCGGUUCUUUUCGAGGUCGACCAUUUCCCCACAUCUCCAAUAUUUUCAUUACGAACCUCUAAGCCUCGUCAGCUGGCGGCUUUCUGCCAGCGAAAUGGGUUUAUCAUCCGUGCCAUCAUGCCACCCACCAUCCCGGAGGGCAAGGAGCGGGUACGUGUUUGUCUGCAUUCUGGAAACACGGAGGCGGAGAUUGAAGGGUUGGUUCAAACGAUCCAAUCAUGGCUUGACCAAUGUGAGCUGCGAAGUGCGAAUCUGUAA